AAUCGCGAAAUUCAAAUUGCAACGUCUUUUUAUUUCAAAACAACGGCGAAACGUUUUUGUGUUGCAUAUAUUGAAUCAAAUUCGGUUCGUUAUCCAUUGGUUUAUCGUGGAAAUCAUGGACCCUUUGACUGAGAAACUGUUGGAAAGAGCUCGGGCAAGACGAGAGAAUUUAGCUCGUAAGAUGGCAGAAUCAAACAUGUCUCCUCGAAAGACGACCACAACACCAGCUAGAGUGCCCCUGAGGGAAAAUCAGAUACAUAAUCACGAACCCAGAGUAUCACCAGUGAAGGGAAGACGUGCUGAAAUGACACUCAAACCAGACACACCAGCAAUUCCUUCUGUCAAGAACAGACUACAGCGCUUGGCUGAACAAAGACAAGUCUGGAAUGCUUCAAGUACAUGUGGAACAGAAAUAGACAGUCCACAGAAUGUGAUCCCUCCAAAACGGCCAGAUUUUGAGGAAGAGGAGGGGGUCCCUGCAGCCCCUGCCCUCAAAGCACCCAUCUCCAGUCGGUCCCGAUUCGCUGCCCUUGCCGCCAACAUCAACAACUGGGAGGACGACACAGAUCACCCUAAACAUGAGUUUCAUAAGGUGUGUUGGGAAAAGCCAGCAGCUCGCAAGUGGCAACCCCCUAAGAGGCAAGAGUCAGCUGAAGAUUCUACCCAAUUCCCUGCCAAACGCUCUUCCCCCACCACCCUCUCCCAAACAAGCUCUGUCGAGACAACCGCCCCCUCUACUCAGCCCUCUCCUCCAAAACGCACUAAAUAUGAAGAGAAGGCGAGCAUGCUGCAGAGAGAGCCAAGUGGCAAAGGUAAGGCCCAAUUCAAAAGCAUUCCAUAUGACUGGCACUCUACUUCAAUCACCAAGUGUCCAUCUAAGAUAGUGCAUGGUAGUAGUAAAGACACCAUAUCCAAAUUAUCAUCCGCAUCAUUGAAAACCAUAAUAACUGUGCAGUCCAACAAGCACAGUCCUGUGAAGACCCCUAAAACUCCCCUCUCUGGCCGCCUAUUUGUUGCAGUGGGCACCAAGAGACAGAAUUCAUCAGAGGAUGAAUUAAACACCCCCGCAGAUCAACCCGUACCCGCUCCUCGAGCUGCCAAGAAGCUUGCACCUGCCGCCAGAAGCCCAGGCAAGACACACAUCACAACUGCCUCACCGGUGAAGCGCCCCUCACCCCAGUCCUGCACACCAGCCACCCCUAAAAUCAAUUCACCCAGAAAGCAGGCGAUCAUUAGGGGAUCCCCCAAGAAAGCUGUCACAACUGUCACACUGUCUCCCCUCAAACAUAACUCCCCCAUCAAGAAGUCCCCUGUCAAACAGCAGGCCAUCAGGUCUUCACCUGUUAAACAAGCCAUUAAGACAAAAAACACUCCCAUUGCCAAGAGAGGUGGAAGUUCGCAGAAAUUUGUUCAAGCGAUGGCGCUGCUGGAGCAGGGCUGUGGUGGGGGCAGGGCGUCAUCCAGGCAGAGUCCUGUCAAGACUACUCCGAAGGUGGGGGCCAUGGCUCAACGCAUCCAGGAACGACUCAAGGCAGACCAGAGCAACUGGCAGAGUAAUGCUAUCAACAAGAAAGUACAGGAGGAAAGACAGAAAGAGAUGGCUCUCAUCAAAACACGCUGGGAAGCUCCUGGAACAGGAACCCAUGGAACGAAGGAAGAGCCCAAAUCAACAUCUGUUCCAGAAGAGGAACAUGUUGACACUGAGGAGAUGUCUCAAGAACAAGAAAUAGAGACAGAGGAAGAGAUGGAUGCAGAGUCCAAUGAUGAUGCAGAUGUGAGUGAGUCCAACGUGGAGGAGGACUACUCAACAGAAGAGGAUGAGAUCGUCCCCAUUCAAACCCAAGGAGAGAUGGAACAAACUGGUAUCAUUCCCAUUACGUUGGAGAGAUCAGCAUUCCCUACCAAUGAUCGUCUUGAUGUCAUAGAUGAAAAGAAUACUGAGAAUGCAGACGAGAGUGAAGUGAACAUCAGCGAUGUCCUUGGUGACAUUGAUGAGCUGAUCGUAGAGGCUGAGCAAGCUAUGAUGGAAGAAGAGAAGGCAAAGGCUGAGAGUCUGAAGAGAUAUGCUGAGCCUCCUACACAAUCUACAACUCCCAAGGGAGAUUUAUCUGGAUGGGACUAUAACAUUGACAAGAUGGAGCCAAUUUACGCAAACAUAUCUGAAAUCACCAACUCAACCUCCUCCUCUUCAUCCCAGGAUGAGGGGAACCCAAGACCUGCUCCAAGAACCCGACGGAGGAGGAGCUCCAGCGUGGGCUCCAUCGACUCCUGCAUCUCAGCUGCCUCCUCCUUGGCCCCCAUCAGCUUGGAGAGCUACCGGUCCCAGCAGCAGCAAAAGACCCUUAGCCCUACAACCGUCACCCACCGUACCGUUACCAGGGAGACUGCAUCCAGGAGUGUCGUCCGAGAACCAUCCUCCACUUCCAGACCAAGAUCCUCUUCUACAUCAUCAGCAGUGUCCUCUGCAUCGUCGUCAAAGGGCAGUAAUGGAGGUUAUCACCAGCGACAGGGUGGUCCUCCUAAAGAUCAGAAGAGAUUGGUUGCCAAGAAGAUGAGCACCAAAGAGAGAAUCCAGAUGAUGAUGGAGGAGGUUUCUGCCCAACAGAGUAUCAUCCAUCAGACCAGUCAAGCUUUAGAACUAAUCGCUGCUACAGAGGAGUAUCACGGUACCAAGGAGGAAAUAGAAGCUGAGAGGCUUCUUGUAGUUGCCUCUCAGCGUCGUCAGGCCUGCCUAUCGGAGAUCCAGUACUUGAAGAACCCAGUUACUACACCCAAGGUGAUUGUGACUGAAGAUGGAGAAGAGAUUGUACCAUGUAGGGGCUCUGUGACCAUCAAGGAUAUAAGACUACCCCUCAAGACUCAGUACCUUAUGGCUCUUGACUCAGGCAAAGAUCAAAUUCACCACAGCUUCUUUGUGAUAGUGAAAUGUCAGGAGCAUGUCAUAGCUACUCAGAUCCUCUCUACCAGGGAGAUUAGUGGAGACUGUAUUCAUUUCACCAACCUAGUCUGCUUGAAUGAUCUAGGUAGUGACUUCACCGUUGAGCUUUUGGUGUAUGAGAUGAGAGGAAGGUGCGCUACCUUAGAUGCAGUCCAGAGCAAGAAAGCUGCUACCGCCAAACAUGGAUGGAGCCUCACACCAAAGAGAUUCAAGGGAGCAUCCAAUUUCAGGCAAGGAGGAGGGCGUUACCCACAGUCACCAGGUCCAUCAUCAUCAGGCCACAGCACAGUAAGACAGAACAGCUUUGCUAUGGUGGGAUCAGCAAGACUUAGUCUAGCCAGCUGUCAACUCAAGAAAUGCACCCUCACAAAGGUUCCUUUCUUAUCACCCUUAGAGGGUGCUAUUCAUAUGAUGAUGUCAUGUCACACAGACAGCCAGACCCAUGCAGAGGGUUUCCUUACAAUGUUUGAUGACUGCAGUGGAAUGGGUAUGUGGCAUAGGAGAUGGUGUGUCCUACAUGGUGGAAACCUGUCCUUCUGGAAGUAUCCUGGUGAUGAGAAGAAAAAGCCACCCAUCGGUACAAUAGAUCUGAAAGCAUGUAUCACCAGGGAGGUGAAGCUCAUCUCUCGUAUCCACUGUGCAAGACCUAACACCUUUGAGCUCCAGACCAGCCGACCCGCCAGCAAGUCAGAUAGGGAUACCCUGGUCUCUAAACACACCAACUCAUACACUAUCACAAAACAUCUCUUGUCAGCAGACACCAAAGAAGAUCGGGUUGAAUGGACAACCUCUCUCAACAAGACCCUCCUGGAGCUGAGGUUGUGGUGCAAGGAUGCUGUCAGACCAAGCCAUGAAUAAAACAUGUCUCAAUCUACACAGACCAUUGGGACUAGCCAUGCAUGUGGAUGCUGUAAGACCAAAGCUGUGAAUGAUCGACACUAGCCUUUUCAAGGACUUCUGCAACUUAUGAAGUGGUGUCGAGACUUAGCCAGACUAAACAAUAAUUAGACUUUCUUUUUCCUUUCAAAUGAAGACAAAAUAUACUAGGGCUAGAUAGCUAGCUUUUAUAUUGUUAAAAAAAAAAUCUGUCAUGUUUUCAUACUACUUCUUGGCUCAUCUACAUGUAUGUAGCGUGCAAGUUCUGAAUUGCACUUGGGACUCGACUUCCUAUGGGAAAUAUGACUAGCUCAAUUGAUAAUUUGGGAAAAUUUGUAGUAUUUUAAGGAUUUGCUAUAGUCAUAUAAUCAAAGUACUGAUUGCUGCUCUGUAAUCAUUCUCCAUUUAUUCUACAAGUUUCAUAAAUUGAUUUGUACAUGUACAUGUA